AUGUUAAAUAAACAUUAAGUAUAUUUAGGGGAUAAAUAAGAGGUUAACAAGGAAAUCUAAAAACUAUCUCAAUCAUCAAAGGCAUAAUAAUUAGUUUCAUCUAAUUUAAUAGAGGAUCCAUCAUUAUAUGAUUAUGAUGGAUUCGUUUCAAAAAAGAACAAAAGCGAAAAAGCACUUGUUAUACAAAAGUAGACUGAAGACAAAAAGUCGAAACAGCCACAAUUCUUAAAUUCUAUACUUGAAUAAUCAAAAAGAAGAGAAUUUGAAAGAGAAGCAACAAAAUCUAGGAUGAAUGCAAAAGAAGCUAUAAAAUCAGGAAAAGAAGUCUAUAUUUCUGAAUCAUUUAAACAGCAACAUGAACAAAUUAAGAGAUUUGAGUAAAUUGAAUAAAUUUAAGAGAAAAUAAAUGAUGAAAGUAGGAAGAGAAGCAAUCUCGGAAUUUACAAAUCUCUGUAUGACAAUGAAACCAAAAAGGGACAACAUUCAAAAUCUUAGGAAGCUUAAGUUGAUUCGUAUAAGAUAAUAGAGAAUAUUUUAAUUGAGAAGGAGAAAUAGAAAAAUACUUCUUAGGUUACUGCUAAUCAAUAAGAAGAUAUGUAAGAGAAAUCAGAAAAAGAAGAGAUAUAGGAAAAUAAGGAAGACAUCAAUAAUAAAUUGAAAAAUGCUGAAAAUUCUAAAUCUAGAUCAAGAUCCAGGUCGAAAUCAACCAAAGAGUAAAAGCAAUAAGAAAAUGAGGCUUUGACAAAAGAGGAUAAACUUAAAUAAUAUAAGGAACGUUACUUAUAAAGAAAAUAAUUAUGA